UGUUAUAACCAUUUCCAUUGUUUAGGACUAUGUCUGCAUAUGUAGGAAUUCAUCCAGGUCCAGGAAGUAUGGUUACAAUUAGGGAUCACCAAAUCUUUGAGGACCUAAGAGGAAAACAUGACAUCAUGCUACUGAGAAUCUCACCGGCAUCGAUCAGGACUGACCUUGUUCAGUUACCUGAUUGUUCCAUUACUCCGAACAUAGGAAAUGAAAUUAAAAUUGCAGGCCUUGGUGGUUAUCUAGUAAAUCUACAGAACAUCGCACUCCCUGAUGAACCGCCUCAUCUCCAGUGUGCAAAGAUGCAUGUUGUUAACUGUGAGCUUAAUCUCACUCCAUGUGAUUUACCAGUAUUAUGGCCAAAUGGAAAGACGAUGUGUUAUGAAGAAGCUGGAGUGGACACAUGUCCGGGUGAUUCUGGUGGUGGAGUGUUAUUCAACAACACGAUUUAUGGUGUUCAUGUUGGAAGUGGGAAAUGUGUCUGUAGCAGAUCAGCUGUUUCUCUGAAGGUCUGCUCUUACAUUGGUUGGAUAAACAACUUCAUUACACCAAAUAAUGGAAAAUAAUUCAAUUAAAUAAGAUUUCAAGAAAAAAAUAAACAAUCA